AAAUAGUGAGUGGAGAGAGGAAAACCUCAAAAAAGAGAGGCCUAAUGGCUGUUGCAGGGCUUUACAGGCGUACGCUUCCUUCACCUCCAGCUGUUGAUUUCUCUUCUCCUGAAGGAAAGCUAAUUUUCACUGAGGCCCUUCAUAAUGGAACCAUUGAAGGGUUCUUCAAGCUUAUAUCUUAUUUCCAGACACAAUCAGAGCCCGCAUAUUGUGGAUUGGCUACCCUUUCAGUGGUCCUUAAUGCCCUUGCUGUUGAUCCAGGAAGAAAAUGGAAAGGUCCUUGGCGAUGGUUUGAUGAAUCUAUGCUGGAUUGUUGUGAACGUCUUGAAAAAGUUAAAGCUGAAGGCAUAACCUUUGGAAAACUUGCAUGCUUAGCUUAUUGUGCUGGUGCUCAAGUUGAAACUUUUCGUGCAAACCAAUGCUCAAUUGAUGAUUUCCGCAAGCAUGUCAUUAGAUGUGCUUCUUUAGAAAAUUGUCAUGUUAUCACGUCAUAUCAUAGACGACCUUUUAGUCAGACAGGAACAGGCCAUUUUUCUCCUAUUGGUGGCUACCAUGCUGGAAAAGACAUGGUACUCAUCUUGGAUGUUGCCCGUUUCAAAUAUCCACCUCACUGGGUUCCGCUUCCACUACUUUGGGAGGCCAUGAAUUCUAUUGAUGAAGCAACUGGACAUCAUAGAGGGUUUAUGCUUGUUUCCAAGCUUCAGAGAGCUCCUUCUCUUCUCUAUACACUGAGCUGUAAGACUGAGGCCUGGGUGACCACAGCCAAGUAUCUGAUUGAUGAAGUCCCUCUCCUCCUGAAAAGUGAAGAUAGUAAUAGCUUGCAGAAAGCUAUCUCUGUCAUUUUAAGCUCUAUGCCUGCUGAUGCUUUGGAAUUCAUAAAGUGGGUCGCAGAAGUUAGAAGCCAGGAGGACAAUGGAUCGAGCUUAAGUGAAGAGGAAAAGGAAAGGCUUAGAUUGAAGGAAGAAGUGUUGCAACAAGCUCACGAUACCAAGCUAUUUGAAUAUGUGAGAGAAUGGUUGUCCUCUGCAAGCUUAUGCCACCCAUGGAUGAGAGAGGGCAAAAACAUUUCUGAGAUUGCUGCCAACAUAUGUUGCCAAGGGGCAGGUGUUCUUACUAGUACCAUUGGCUUACCUAAAGGAACAUGUUGCAGAGAUACAACCAUAAAAAGCUUGGAAGCUAGUGGUAAACCAAUUACUCUUGUAUGCGGAAGAGUGGAGUGGUGGGGUGGAGAGCAAAACGUAGAAAUGCUGGUUCCUACAUGCAGAGAAAGGUUUGAUUGUUCAGGUGGUUGUGUAGAAUUUCACCCUUCAACCAGUGAUGUUCUCACUGUUCUUUUGCUGGCUUUGCCUCCCCAAAUUUGGUCGGGUUUGAGAGAUAAGGAAUUGCUUGAAGAAUUGCAUGGCCUCUUAUCACCUGACAAUCUCCCUGGUUUGCUACAAGUAGAGGUAAUGCACCUGAGGCGCCAGUUCAUAGUCCUAGUGAAAUGCCAAGAUGGUAUGAUGCAUGAGGAGCUGCAUGAGCUGUGGGACUCGUGAGUCUCUAAGUCUCUCUCUCUCUGAGUCAAAGGACAUACUACAUAUGCAAAUUGCCCUACUGCAUAUAAUGCUAUUCAACAUUUUGUUGAAUAAGGGGACCAACUCAGUUGUAUGUAUUACUCGGGCAAUGAUCAGGUUAAGAGGUCUCUCAUUUUCAGUCACAUUGGAGUUCUCUCCCCCAACUGUUGGAUAAGAUAUACGACAGUUGAAAUGGCAGUUACUCCAUUACCCAAUAACACAGUAUUAGCAACCGCCUUCUCAUCACCCAUUAUCUAAUCUAAUGGUUGGGGCGGGAACUCCCACAUUAUGAUCAUUUCCUGUCAAUUUAUUUAGGGCUUUAUUUCCAAGGAUUGGUAUUUGUACCCAGCUGGUGUUUUUCUACUUCAUGUCCAUUUUUGCCCAUCAAAAGAAAAAAGCUGAUAAUGUUGAUUUGGUAUCCUUACCCUUAACACAGGAACUUCUGUAAUGCAACUCAUGAAAAUUAUUGAAAUGAAACAAUUUUAUGUGGAGUAUGAAA